AUGUCGCCGCACCUCAAGCCGUUGCUGCUACCGCAGCUCGUGGAAGAGCGCCGCAAAUUCGACAGCAAGGCCAGCCCCGACGCCGCCGACCUGUCGCACGUCUACUACAUGACCAAUUCCUCCUCGUCCGAUGUCGCCUCGCCCGUCACCCCGACAUUCUCCCCCCGAGGCCACCAGCGCUUCCCGAGCUCCUCGUCGUCGCUCGAACUGCUGCCGCAGCCACCGCAGGAGAGCCCAGCGUCGUCGCCCUCGGCCCAAUAUGUCUCGGCCAAGUCUGAGAAGCGUCAGCUUCCCGACGUCCAGGAAGACCCCAUGGAGCUCUACGAGGACGACAGCAGCCCCUCGUCAGAGCACUUUGGCCUCUACAGCUGUCUUUGUGAUGCAGACUGCCAGCACCGCAACAGCUCCGAGGGCUUGUUCUCCGACGACAUGACGGGCGACUUUGACAUCGACUACGACAUGGGCUUUCUCAGCGACGGCGACUGCUCAACCGACCCUCGCCAGUCCGCCAAGAAGAAGUCAAGCGACAACUCGCCUUUUGCCGGCCUGACGUCUCGCCUCGGCUCGCGUCUGCCCACCAUCAAGCGCUGGCGGUCGAGUAGGCGUGCCAAUCUCAAAUCCUCGCCCACUGCCGACCUGAGCCUCGAGAACGUGCUCUCGUCCAGCCGCUCCUCGUCCAUGUCGGCCUCGAACCAGCAGAGUCCCGACCGUUUCCAGGACUUUUCGAUUGCCCCCCGUAUGGCUUCCAGCUCUACUAUGUCCUACUAUGGCAGUGCCGAGGACCUCAGCAGGUCAUCCAUGGUUGAGAUGACCCUGGAGGAGCAGUCGAGCCUCGAGCGCGACCGCUCCUUGGCCACGACGCCUCUUCUUCCCCCUCUUCUCACCGAUCCGCUCGGCAAGCCACCGCAGGAGUCGCCCCUCCAGUCACCCACUGUGGCGCCCGUGUCGGCCACGGCGCUUCCCACCACGCCCCAGCCGCCGCCGCCGCCCUACUCGCGCCCGUCGCUCAGCAGCCGGCCGUCUACCACGUCUCUGCGCCAAGUGCCCACGGGCACGGAGCUCCCCCUACCGCUGCCUGCCAUCUUGCAGGAGCACGACGAAUGGUCCGACCGCCUGGGCCACGCCAACUUCACCAUCACGCCCCUGCCCUACGAGCUGGAAACUCUCUCGGCGGAAACGGUGGGCAAGUUCCGAAAGGACUGGGACGCGGCGCGGGUCAACUAUACCAAGCACCUUGUGCGGACAGGCGAGCACUACGGCCAGACGAGCAAGAUCUAUGCCCUGACCGAGGCCAAGUGGGCCGAGACGGAGCGACGGUGGAAAACCAUCUACAGCGACAUUGUCCGCCAAAACAGCCGCUCCGCCCCGGGCUCCGCCAGCCACUCGCGCAGUCACAGCCGGGGUCGUGGGCGCGGCCGCUCCAGCAGCUCCGUGGGCGUCGUCGGGCGCAUGCAUUCCCACGACGACUCGUUCGACGACCUGCAGUGGCGACGCGUGGAAGACUGCCUCCCUAGCGUCGUGCCGCGGAUGCUCGAGUCCCUGGACGCGCAGGGCAAGUUCCCCUGCCGAGGCGACGAGGACAUUGUCGGCCCCAUGCAGCGGGACGCCGUCAUGGUUCGAACUCGAAGCGAGGACGCCAAGGGCCGCUUCUGGAGGAGCCUGGCCGACAAGGUCGGUUUCCGCAAGUGA